AUGGCGUCUUUAAUAUCAUUACAAACACCUUUAUACCUAGAUAUUAUAUCCGAUAUCAAAUUUUCACCUAAACAAAAUCAUCUUUUAGUAUCAUCAUGGGAUAGUAGGUUGUUGCUUUACGAUUGUUCAGACGUUACCCAAUCAUCAAUGGUAACAGAAUUUCAAUCUAAUAUUCCAAUAUUGAGUAUUGCUUAUGGAUUAGGCAACUCUACGUAUGUUGGAGGAUUAGAUGGGACUGUUAGGCAAAUUGACUACGAAAAUUUGAAAAUAGGUAACGAAAAUAUUGGUGACAAGACUGAAUCUGUUCUGGGUAUUAAUAAUUUGAAAAGUAUUGAAAACCAACCGCAUAUACUAGUAGCAAGUGGUUUUGAUGGCAGAUUGCAGUUUAUCGACUCACGGAAAAGAACACCCAUUUUAUCACGAAAAUUGUCAAAUAAAAUAUUUUGUACUGAUACAACAAGUGAGUAUUUAACAAUAGGAAUGUCUGAAAGAAGAAUUGAGAUUUAUGAUCACAGAAAUUGGAAUCAACCUUACCAGGUACGCGAAAGCGGAUUAAAAUAUCAAAUAAAAGACCUUAAGAACUUCCCUACAGGAGAUGGAUUUGCUAUAUCCAGCAUUGAUGGACGCGUUGCUAUGGAGUACUUCGAUCCCUCAGAGGAAGCUCAAUCUAAAAAGUUUGCAUUCAAAUGUCAUAGAUUUAGUGAUAAACAAUCUCGAACAGAUUUGGUUUAUCCCAUAAAUUCUAUGGUAUUCAACAAAGGAAACAAUACACUUUUCACAGCUGGAUCUGAUGGAUACCUUUGUUUAUGGAACUGGCAAAAACGUAAAAGGAUAAAGCAAUUUUCGAAAUUCGAAGAUGAUCAUGCUAACACCCAGAGUAUAGUCAAAACUGAUAUUAGUUUUGACAAUAAAUUAAUUGGUAUUGCUACUAGUGAUGACAGUUUUAAAAAUAUGAAAUCGUUAUCUCUGAGUUCUGAUAAUAACAAAGCAAGCAAAAUCUAUAUAAAAACUUUAACUUGA